AUGCCUAUGAUAAACCUCACCGAUGUUUCUUUGUCCAAACUCCGCCGGUAUCGUGACUUUUAUCUUCUCAAGGCCUUCCAACCCGCCCUCGCUGAUCAAUCUCAUCAACCAUUUUUCUCCCUUGAUUGCCAUGAGAACUGGACGACACUUUCCGGCUAUGAACUCUAUGAAACAUGGCUCAAAAACUCGAAGGAUCUAAGCCAGGAUACUGGCCAUGCACAAGCACUUAUCGACGGUGCGACUGCACGCGAUAUCAAGCAAUUUCGAGACGUUAUUACGACACCAGCGUACGCCAAGAAGGACUACUUCUCAACCGACAACUUCCAUGACUGGAUUCGUCCAGUGGCAUUUGAAGCGUGGAUGCUCUGGUUUAGGGAAGGAGUAAAGGAAGUGGGGUCACGUCCAUCUUCCCGGAUGUCAUCGUAUACAUCCUCGUCUAUUUCACGCCCUCCCUCGUGUAUGUCUGAGACAGCAGACUUGAGCUCAGACAAUGAGAGGAUUCUACCACACUAUCCCCCCUCAUCACGGGCAACCUCGUCUGUGUACUCCAUAACUGCGAGCUCUCCUGAUGUCAUCGUCAUUUCGGACUCGGACGAUGAUGAAGGUGAAAUGUGCCAGAACUCACUGGUUGUUGCGAGUCACAUUGUUAAAAGGGAACAGAAGGAACGAGAAGAAAUCCCUCAAGCUAUUAAACGUGAAUUUUUGUCCUUCAUUGAAUUCCCGCAUGUUUCCUCAGCAGGUAUCACAACCGUUAAGGGUAAAUCUUCGAAAGGAAAAGCCAGGAUACCCACAGACACCUGGCCGAAGCCCUCUGAUCCCGUCAAACUCACCUCGAAACUCACUGUCAACUCAAUAUCAACUAUUACCUCACUACCAUCAACGUGGACAGUUCCCCGGAACAACUCAGCCACACUUGUCGAUCUUUCGGCACUGGACAGCCUUCCGCGGAAGCCCAAUGGUGAUGAAUAUUCAAUUGAUGCUCUAAUUCGAGCUGAGGAUCAAGACUCCUGGGGAGGGUCAGCUGGUCGCUCUGCUGGGGAAGUCUACGUCUUUGGGUUUGAUGACAAUGACCCCGCAGAAAGUGUCCACUGCCGCCGCGCAUACCUUCACUGCAACGGCGUUGAUAUGUGUGAACAUUUUGAUCAGGAAAUCCUUGAAGACUGUGAGCGUUAUGAGCCUGAUCCUCACGAGAUGCGAGAGCUCUGGUAUUGUGAGCUUGACGCUAAUUCUCGUGAGGCACUGGAGGAAGCGAACAUCGUUUCGAGGUUUUAUGCCGAGGUACAAAAGCUCAAGUGCAAGGUUCCAUGCACCGGAAAGCCUGUCAUGCGAAAAAUGGCCUCGGGACGCUCAAAAUAUGGGAAGGAGUAUUUCAUUGGUUGCUCGGCGUGGAAGUAUAAUGAACGUGAUGACCAUCGGUACCUCCCCAUCCCUUCGAACGUUGAUGAAGAUAUACUGGCUAAGGUUAUGGAUAAUGAUGGGGUGCUGCCAUUAAAUAUUGCGUUGAUACACUUUGCACGGGGAUGA